CAGAAGAAGCAGAAUGUCGUCCUCUCUUCACCGUCACAUCAUUUGGCAGUCAGAAGGGUUGGUGGCCUACCUUCACCCUCAGCCGUGGAUGCCGGGCUCUGUUAUCCUGGAGCGCAGCCCCCCUGGCCCCCCAGGAGGCAGCAUAUUCUGUCAUGAGGAGCGUGAGUACUUAGCAUGGCUGUUUGGGGCGAGAGCUGUAGCUGAACUGCUAUCUGACAAACUUGGGGUCCAGAGGUGUGCGCUGGUCAGCAGACCCCACAGAGACAGACCUGCCCAGAUCCGUAUCCUCCCCCUGCAUGGCUUGGAGGCUGAGUGGUGCCCUCACUUGGCAGGAGAAGAGGAGCACAACUUGCAUGACCCGGGGUAUUGCACCUCUAAGAACGGCCCUCGGUGGAGUGACUCCAGCUUGGAUGAAAUCCAAAGUAGGAUCCGAGCCAGGCUCCCAUCCCCUCAGGCCCCACCCAAUCUGACAUUCCAUGGGGAUCCGGGUCAUCCUGGUCUGUUCUCACGCAUUGUUCGAGGGGAGCAGCAGCAAUGGCGUGUGUGGGAUGAUGAAGGUCAUGUCGCUUUUCUCACACCUUUCCCAAACUCUCCUGGAUUUACUGUGCUGGUGCCCCGCCGACCUUUGACCUCUGAUGUAUUCAGACUUGAAAAGGGGGAUUAUGAGGGACUGGUGCUGGCAUCCCAGAAGCUGUCACGGGUGCUUGUGGAGGGUUUGGGUGCUUGGGCAGUUGGCCUUAUUUUUGAGGGGUUUGAGAUCGACUACGCUCAUGCCAAGUUGAUUCCAUUACUUCAACCCACUGACGGUAACACAGAUGAUGCCUCUAAUGUGCCACCAUCUCGCUUUUACCCUACUUAUCCUGGGUUUGUUAGCUCAGAAGAUGGGCCUGACGCCAGCCAUGAAAGUCUGACAGAGUUGCACAAGAAAAUUACUCAGAUGUAAUGGCUAAAUGUGUGAUGGAAUUCCACACUGACAAUAAAAUAAUGAAAACAAAGCAGUGGCCAAAAAUUGAUUUGAUGCAUGUCAGUUGGGGUGGGCGGUAGAUCUGUGUCAUGGAUAUUAACGGUGUGGUUAUUGUGCAGUGCUGUCAUCACCAUGAGAGAUACGAUUGAUUAUACAGUUUAUUUUAUUAUUAAUUUUGCACGGCGAUCGAGUAAUCCUGUUGACAAAUUCACACCAAACGUAUCCUAAGUGGCAGCCGUCAAAAUAAAAAAUAGUACUUCCCGGUACUAUUUUACAAUAGUACUUCCUUUCUUGACAAAUAUUUUGGGAGCUGUAUCUAUAUAGAUAGAUAGAUGUGUAUGUAAUUUUAAAUAGUAAAAAAAUCCCAUUUAUUGUGCCUUUGUGUUUUCUACAAUUUAAAAUGUGUAACUAGUCUGUUAUUCUCUUAUCUCACAAGGCGUGUUAACUUGCUACUUUUUGAGAAUAACUUCCCAGGCAUUGCUCAUUUUGAGAUGAUCCUGUGAGAUGUUUAUCAGAGAUAACAUCAUCGCGCUCUGUAUCUUACGUAGAGGCGGCUGAUUGUCAGAGUAACAUUUACUGACAAAAUUAACUUUAUUGUUUUUGUAGCAUCGCUGCUUUACUCUUUUGUCUUAAUGAAUUGCACCAAAUUAAAGCUUGUUUACCACUUA